AUAUUUAGGCAUCUACACCUCUGUUUACACCACAUCUUCUUUAGUGGGAGAAGACAAUGAGAACAAGAAGCGGAACUUGUUAUCAGGAGGUCCAUAACAUGUGUCGCCAAAAGAGAACAACAGAUUUUAAUUUCACCGGAGCACGGAAACGAUUGAAGCUGUUGUCCGGAUCACCGCCGCAGCAUGACGCUUUCGACACUCUUCCUGACGACAUCGUUUUAGCCAUCCUUGCAAAGCUCGCUUCCACCGCCAGCUGUCCCGCAGAUUUCAUCACCAUUUUAUCGACAUGCAAGAGACUAAACGGAUUAGCAACACAUUCUGUUGUAUUAUCGAAGGCAUCUUCGAAUUGUUUAGCUGUAAAAACUAAAAACUGGUCGGAAUAUUCUCACCGGUUUCUAAAACGGUGCUCCGACGCCGGCAAUGUAGAAGCUUCUUACACACUCGGCAUGAUUCGUUUCUACUGCUUCCAAAACCGAGAAAGCGGCGCAUCGUUGAUGGCGAAGGCGGCGAUUCGCUCUCACGCUCCGGCGCUGUACUCACUAGCGGUGAUUCAGUUCAACGGCAGUGGAGGAAUGAAGAACGACAAGGAUUCACGAGCCGGAGUCGCUCUGUGUGCGCGUGCGGCGUUUCUCGGCCACGUGGACGCUCUCCGGGAGCUCGGACAUUGUCUACAAGACGGUCACGGUGUGAGUACAAACGUAACCGAAGGCCGGCGGUUGUUGAUCCAAGCGAACGCUCGUGAGCUCGCCGGAGUUUUAACAACCACUCCGUCGUCGUUGUUUUCCGGUAAACAGUUAGUUGGACCGCUGCUUAGUGAUUUCGGUUGCAAUGUGCCGGUUCCGGAGCCUCAUCCGGCGAACCGGUUUCUUAUCGGUUGGUUUGCGGAGAAGCCGGCGAGUGUGGAGAUGAGGUUGUGCUCGUAUAGCGGUUGUGGUAGGGUGGAGACGCGGCGGCAUGAGUUUCGACGAUGUUCUGUGUGUGGGGAUGUGAAUUAUUGUUCACGCGCCUGUCAAGCGCUUGACUGGAAAUUCCGUCACAGGAUGACGUGUAGAGAAGCUUUUGACGGUAACGGUAACGGUAACGGUGACAUUAAUGAGAAUGGUACCAUGGUGGAUGAGAGAUGAAACCAUUGACCUCUAAAAUAAACGUUUCAGUGGUUAGAUAGCUAGAGACAUAGAGAUGUCUGUACAAAUGUUAAAAAAUAGUUUGUAUUACAAACCUCUAUUUUAGGAUGGUAUGUUGUGUGAGACUCGAACCUCUUUAAAAUAA